CACCCCCCCUCCACACCAGCCUUCUUCACCCCGUCCACUCACACAGAAUCCGCUCUGGAAUGGGUAUACUAUCACUGCCGCUGGUGACGGCCAUUCUCAAGAAACCACCGAAGAGCUGCAGCCGCCACCUUUCCUUCCUCUUAACCGGAGGCCAGAGGAUCAAUCGCGGUUCGUCCCUCGUAUUCCGGCCGAAGCGCUUCUCAUCCGGCGCCCAUUCUUCUUCUUCUGUUUCCACGCCGGUGGAGCAGGACAACCAGAAACCAUCGUCAUCGUUGUCAUCAUCUGCUCUCACUUUCCAGCAAGCCAUUCAGCGUCUCCAGGAAUAUUGGGCCUCCGUUGGAUGUGCUGUGAUGCAAUGCAGCAAUACUGAGGUUGGAGCUGGAACUAUGAAUCCUCUUACAUUUUUAAGGGUUCUUGGUCCAGAACCGUGGAAUGUUGCGUAUGUGGAACCUAGUAUCCGGCCAGAUGAUAGUCGUUAUGGUGAAAACCCUAACAGACUUCAAAGGCAUACCCAAUUCCAGGUGAUAUUGAAGCCUGAUCCAGGGAAUUCACAAGACUUGUUCAUUCGAAGUUUAUCUGCCUUAGGUAUUAAUGUUAAUGAUCAUGACAUUCGUUUUGUCGAGGACAACUGGGAGAGCCCGGUUUUAGGCGCCUGGGGACUGGGAUGGGAAAUUUGGAUGGAUGGAAUGGAGAUUACUCAAUUCACAUACUUCCAGCAGGCUGGAAGUCUUCAAUUGAUGCCUGUCUCGGUUGAGAUUACCUAUGGUCUUGAAAGAAUCCUUAUGUUGCUUCAGGGAGUUGAUCAUUUCAAGAAAAUACAAUAUGCUGAUGGAAUAGCAUAUGGAGAGCUUUUUCUGGAAAAUGAGAAGGAAAUGAGUGCAUAUUAUUUGGAGCAUGCCAGUGUAGAUCACAUUCACAAUCAUUUUGAUCUAUUUGAGACUGAAGCUCGUCGUUUGCUUGACUCAGGCCUUGCAAUUCCAGCGUAUGAUCAGCUUUUAAAGACAUCUCAUGCCUUCAAUGUCUUGGAUUCCAGAGGAUUUGUGGGAGUAACAGAACGUGCUCGUUAUUUUGGUCGUAUGCGUAGUUUAGCACGUCAAUGUGCACAACUCUGGUUGAAGACAAGGGAAUCUCUUGGGCACCCCUUGGGUCUUGCUUCUCAACCUGAGCAUCUUGGCUUUCAGAAAGAAGACAUAGAGGAAAUAAAGAAAAGGGUUUCCUCAGAACCCCGAGCCUUUGUUCUCGAAAUUGGGACAGAGGAGUUGCCGCCAAAUGAUGUGGUGAAUGCUUGCAAUCAACUCAAAGAUCUCGUCAAGCAUUUGCUCGAAAAGCAAAGAUUGAGUCAUGGAGAAGUUAAGACAUGUGGAACACCACGCAGACUUGUGGUUCAUGUCCAUAACCUAUGUGAUAAGCAGGUAGCUAAUCAAGUUGAGGUUCGGGGACCUCCAGCAUCAAAGGCAUUUGAUCAGCAAGGGAAUCCUACCAAGGCUGCUGAAGGUUUUUGCCGCAGAAAUGGAGUGCCUUUAAGCUCCUUGUACAGAAGGGUUGAAGGUAAAACAGAAUAUGUCUAUGUUCGUGCCAUGGAGCCAUCACGUCUUGCCCUGGAGGUUUUAUCUGAAGAGUUACCUACGAGCCUAAGUAAAAUAUCAUUCCCUAAGUCGAUGCGAUGGAACUCUGAGGUCAUGUUCAGUAGACCCAUCCGAUGGAUAUUAGCGCUGCAUGGAGAUGUAGUCGUUCCCUUCACAUUUGCUGGAGUUCUAAGUGGGGAUGUCUCUCAUGGACUCCGAAAUACUCCUUCAGCUACUAUUAAGGUAGAGAGUGCAGAAUCUUAUACUGAUUUGAUGCAAAAUGCUGGAAUAGCCAUCGAUGUUGAGCAACGCAAGAAGACAAUUGUGGAGAAGUCUACUUCCAUCGUCAAAAGUAUUAAUGGUUCUGUUGUAAUGCAAAGUGGUUUGCUUGAUGAGGUCGUAAAUCUUGUUGAAGCACCUCAUCCAGUUCUUGGCAAGUUUAGUGAGUCUUUCCUAAAGCUUCCAAAAGACCUCCUGAUAAUGGUUAUGCAGAAACAUCAGAAAUAUUUUGCAAUAACCGAUCAGGACGGAAAACUAUUGCCAUAUUUUAUUGCUGUUGCAAAUGGACCAAUUAAUGAAAUGGUUGUGAGGAAAGGAAAUGAAGCUGUGCUCAGGGCUAGGUAUGAAGAUGCAAAAUUCUUCUAUGAGUUGGACACGAGUAAGAGAUUCUCUGAAUUUCGGGACCAAUUGAAAGGGAUCCUUUUCCAUGAAAAGCUGGGGACAAUGCUGGACAAGAUGACACGUGUACAAGGUCUGGUCACUGAGGUGGGCUUGUCGUUGGGGGUAACUGAAGAUACGCUCCAAGUCAUUAAGGACGCUGCAUCAUUAGCAAUGUCAGAUCUUUCAUCUUCAGUUGUGACAGAAUUUACCUCCCUUGCUGGGGUAAUGGCGCGACACUAUGCUCUUAGAGAUGGCUAUUCAGAGCAGAUUGCUGAGGCACUGUUUGAAAUUACGCUUCCACGAUUUUCGGGAGAUAUAGUUCCAAAAACUGAUGCUGGAACAAUAUUGGCAAUAGCAGAUAGGUUGGAUAGCCUUGUAGGAUUGUUUGCUGCUGGUUGUCAGCCGACCUCCACCAAUGAUCCCUUUGGCCUGCGAAGAAUCUCUUACGGUCUAGUGCAACUGUUAGUAGAUACCAAGAGGAAUUUGGAGCUAAGGCAUGCUCUUGAACUUGCUGCUGCAGUUCAGCCCGUGAAAGUAGAAGCACAAAUAAUAGAUGAUGUACAUCAAUUUGUGACAAGGAGACUUGAACAACUUUUGAUGGAUCAAGGAGUGAGUCCAGAAGUAGUCCGUUCUGUUCUAGCACAGCGUGCAAAUCGGCCUUAUCUGGCAGCAAAGUCUGCAUAUAAAAUGAAAGCUUUGUCAGAAGGUGAGCUGCUGCCCAAAAUUAUUGAGGCAUAUUCUCGCCCAACGAGAAUUGUUCGUGGAAAGGAUGUUGCUGAUGAUCUGGAGGUGGAUGAGGCAGUCUUUGAGACAAAGGAAGAGAGAGCUUUAUGGAGCACAUUUACAUUGUUGAGGAGUAAAAUUCAUCCUGACAUGGAAGUGGAUGAUUUUGUUGAAGCAUCUUUACCUCUACUACAACCGCUCGAGGAUUUCUUCAAUCAUGUAUUUGUUAUGGUGGAAGACGAAAGAAUCAGAAUGAACAGGCUCGCACUCCUGCGAAAAAUUUCAGAUCUUCCAAAGGGAAUAGCAGACCUCUCAAUUUUGCCAGGUUUCUGAGAAUUGUUACUUUCAAUUUAGAAAAGAUAAAAAAAAUUGAGUUUGACGCCAUAGAAGUGGCAAGGAAGAGGAAGGUGAGAACAACGGAGCACCAAUCAGCACACUGGUUUCUCAUAGGUUGGAAACACAAGUAAAUAUUGUGUGGAAUAUUAGUCUGCAUGGAGCUGAGAUCCAACCAGGGCCGUCUUUCGUUCAAUCCAUUUCAUGCCAGCCCUCUUGCACAAGGAAUGAGUAAAUGGUGGUUGUUAUAAGAGUCGGCUUUUCAGAUGAAGCUGUCAUUCUUUCUAGGCUCAGUUUUGGUGUUGGAUUUUGAGUCGAACUCGUGUAUAUUACUUGUAAGAGAAGUAUUUGAGUGUAUCUUUAAGAGGAUCAUAGUAGAAGAUUUUCUUUUUGCAAGGAUUUAUAAUAGGAACUGUUAAAAAAUAAUAUGGGCUUUAUUUAUAGUAGGAAUUAAAUUUGUACCAGUUAA